UGCAGGGAGGUCCUGCGGCCGGAAGCCGGAAGCCGGAAGCCGGAAGGGGGCUGUGAGGACGUGUUCCCAGGAAGCCAGCGCUGAGGCCGGCGACAUGGAGCCGCUAUACCAGCAAACGCACAAGCAGGUCCACGAGAUCCAGUCUCACAUGGGACGCCUGGAGACAGCAGACAAGCAGUCUCUGCACUUAGUAGAAAAUGAAAUCCAAGCAAGCAUAGACCAGGUAUUCAGCCGUCUUGAACGUCUGGAGAUUUUGUCCAGCAAGGAGCCCCCUAACAAAAGGCAGAAUGCCAAACUUCGUGUCGAACAGUUAAAGUAUGAUGUCCAGCACCUGCAGACCGCUCUCCGAAACUUCCAGCACCGCCGCUAUGCGAGGGAGCAGCAGGAGAGACAGCGAGAGGAGCUUCUGUCCCGCACCUUCACCACGAACGACUCUGACACCACCAUACCCAUGGAUGAAUCACUGCAGUUUAACUCCUCCCUCCAGAAAAUUCACCACGGCAUGGAUGACCUCAUUGGAGGCGGGCACAGUAUUCUGGAGGGACUGAGGGCCCAGAGGCUGACCUUGAAGGGCACGCAGAAGAAGAUCCUCGACAUCGCCAACAUGCUGGGCUUGUCCAACACGGUGAUGCGGCUCAUUGAGAAGCGGGCGUUCCAGGACAAGUACUUCAUGAUCGGCGGGAUGCUGCUCACCUGUGUGGUCAUGUUCCUCGUGGUGCAGUACCUGACGUGAGCCGGCCAGGCCCAGUGACAGCAGUGUUCCCACUGCGUGAGAGUGAGUGAGUGUGUGAGUGAGAGAGGGGGAGGCCCAGCGCCGCCUGUCGAGCUGUAUGCCCACUUAACUGUGAAGACCACUCGGGAGUGAUUCUGCUCCAGUUCCAACCCGCGCUGUGUUCUGUGACGCUUUGGAGGGGAACCAGUGCUGCCAAGAUGCUCAGUGCUGUGGGAAUGAAAGAAGUCCCUGCUCUCGCCGUCGCUGUCUCUGUCGCUGUCACUGGGGGAUGAAAGAGUGGCUCUGGUGGCUUUGGCCACACAGCUGAUGUGCGCCCUGGCAAGGCUUCUGCAGCGGGCCUUGCAGGUGGGCCUGUCCACACCCUCCACACCUUGUCAUCCUCCAACCUUCCUGGCUGCUGCUGCAUAGGCUGGAACAAAAGCGAGGAGGAGGGAAGAGAGGCCGCUUUCUCCUCACCCACCCUAGCUCGUGGCCUCCCCCGCCCUCAGCAGCACAGAGACUGACGGCUAGCGCUCGCCGUUCCUCCAUGAGGCGGCUGCCUAAGGGAAGCACCCACAGGGCAGUGCUGGGUGCGUGUCCUCUCUCAGGUGAGGCUGAGAGGGAAGACCCAGUUCCUGAUCUUUCCAGUCCCUUGUAGAAUGGUCAGCCCUUGAGGUUCAGAGAUAGCAGCUUAGCACCUGUGCCUCGGCCUUGGUGGCUUUUGUGCCCUCAAAAGUAGCCGUGAGCAAAGGUUAGUGAGUUGUCGGUUACAGCCUCACCUGGUUUUACUGUGUCUGAGUCUCUGGCUCUGUUCCCUUGAAACUGCCAGCCGUGCCCCCGUUCUGCCCACAGUCUGGGCAGACGUCACCGUCACAUCCCUCUGUGGACUUACAGACAGACUUCAGGGACCUGGGCCUCCUCAGAGCAGCCCUGGAUUAAGGCUCUGCCAGUACCCAGUUGUGUCAGUCUGUCUGGAAGUCCUUCCACUGUGAUCGAUCACUAAAAGUGCCAGCAAGACCUGGUUAGCAUGCGUGUUCCUCUGUCACAGGCCAUGCCAGCCCCACCAGCCUAGGCCCGGGACACUCAGAAUGCCCCCGGAGAACUGGAAACCUGGUCAGUAUUAGCGCCAUGUCGCGUUGUCUUGCCCCGCUGUGUGCUCUCCUCCCUGGCUACUUGUGCCCUGGGCUGUGUGUGCUGCCCAUCUCCCUGGCCGCCUGCAGUUUCUGGAGCGUGGUGGGCUCUUCAGGCACAUGGGGUGCACCGCUCCCCUUUCAGUGAAUUCUCUGAAUUGUCCCAGGCUUGUAAGAAGGGUUUCCUAGGUACUAGUCUCACACUUUCCGUCAGUUGGGCUCUCCAUUCCUCCUACCCUCUGGGGCCGAAGCAGGAUUUCUAAGGAAGGACUCUGACCCCUUCUGAAAAGGCACGGGGACCCUGCGGGGGGAAGACGGUAGGCGGAGCGGGGCAGGGGUGCAGCGGCUUCAAGCCUGCGUCUGACUUCGAGGAGGCACAGUUGGACGUUGUCAUCCCUUGGUGCCUGAAGAUUCCAUCAAACGGUGGAAAGGGGCACCUGAGCCAUUUGGACUUGAGCUCUGGGGGGCAGAAGCCCCACCCCCCCAGCUGCCGUGACAUCUGUGGGGGCAUGUGCCAGCGUCUCCACACCGCUGGGGCUCCUCCUCCCAGCUGUGGAGUCAAGAUCGUGGAGGUGGUCUGUGGGUCUUUGCUGCCUGGCUAGGGAGCAGCCGCCAGAGUGUCUGGAGCCCCAGGGCUCAGACCGAUCCAUCACGUGACUGCCUUCCCUGCCCUGUGCGAAUCACACCUUGGUCUAGUGGGUGCAGCUGGUCCACAGCUCCCGCGCCAGGGAGGAGCCUAGGCCGGGGAAGGAGCGCCCUCUAGUGAGCGCCCCGUGGAGCUGGUACGAGAAAACGUGGACCAGCACUCCAGGUGUGGGACCUUAAGCCAGACUCGGAGCAGCCCAGUGGGCGCGCCCUGGUUCUCCAGCCGGCUUCACUUCUGGCGUCUAUCCUAACGUCUUUUACCCUGUUGAAUUUCAGUGGGUUUGAUUUGCAAAUCUGGAUUUACACUCAUUGUUUUUGAAGCACAUUAGUCAAAUAAAGCUGAGAUUUAUUUUA